UUCCGUACCACGCACGCGCAGCCUAAGCCGCCGAGCGGCGUGAAAGGUUGGAGGAAGUGACCUAUCUUUCCUCUUCCGGUGUAGUUACCAUCGGCGCUCCAGCUUCAAAAUGGGCAAGUUUAUGAAACCUGGAAAAGUGGUUCUUGUACUCGCUGGACGUUACUCUGGACGCAAAGCUGUUAUUGUUAAGAAUAUUGAUGAUGGCACCUCGGAUCGCCCAUAUAGCCAUGCCCUGGUGGCUGGCAUUGAUCGCUAUCCACGCAAAGUGACAGCCAGCAUGGGCAAGAAAAAGAUUGCCAAACGGUCCAAGAUCAAGUCCUUUGUGAAAGUCUACAAUUACAACCACUUGAUGCCAACCAGGUAUUCUGUUGAUAUUCCCCUGGACAAAACUGUUGUCAACAAGGAUAUAUUUAGGGACCCUGCUCUGAAACGUAAAGCACGGCGAGAGGCCAAAGUGAAAUUUGAGGAAAGAUACAAAACAGGCAAGAACAAGUGGUUUUUCCAGAAGCUCAGAUUCUGAAUUGCAUGUAGUUGCACCAAUAAAUGUUUUUGAAAAACCCA